CCCCGACGACUGUAGUGGAGCAUUUUAAGGCCAAGUACGCCGCCGCGCGAUCGCCCGGCAGUCAGGCCUUCUGCUAUCAGGCUGGUGCUGAUGUGUCUCUGGCUUGGCUUGCCACCGCUCGAUGUGUUUGUGAGUUGCCGCCGCCCCAGCCUGUGGGUGUCCCAGGCCAACUUCGGCGGCGAGCGAGGGGGGAACCGCCGAGAUGUGUCUCUGGCUUGCCUCAAGCCGGGCCCCCCUCCUCCUCCUCCUCCUCCUCCUCCUCCUCCUCCUCCUCCUCCUUCUCCUCCUCCUCCUUUUUUUCCUCCUCCUUCUCCUCCUCCUCCUCCUCGCGUGUCCUCGCCCACGGCGGAGCCUGGUUGACGCGCACCUUGGCUGCACGGCGGCUGCCUUUCUAAGCCUCGCCCCUCCAGCGCGCUUCUCUUGGCCGGCGCCACUCGGGUCGGACGAGACGGGAGAAUCGGGGAAGUGGGGGCUACGAGCUCUGCCGCACGCAGCUGACCUCGGCCCCGCCGCUGGGCGCCAUCCUCGGUACUACCAUGUGCUCGGGACCGCCGACGUGGGUAUGGA